CUCCUCCUCGCGCUUCAGCGUUCCGGCGGGAAGCGCGCGCACAGCCGAGCGCUAAAGAAUCGCCUCAGUUUUCCUUUUUUUUCCACACUCGAGGAGAAGCUCCACACAUGAUUCAAACUCAAAUUGGGCUCGCUUUCUUAAGAAAAAGGAAAGAAUUCCUCCGGCUUUCGCAGUCAGAUAAGUAUGGUGUAACAUUUGUGGGGGACACUUGUGCCGUUUCUCCCCCCCCCCCCCACCCCCCUCUCUCUUCCUUCUGAAGAGGGACCAUCUUCAGCUAAAGUGUGGAUUCUCUGACUUGACACUCCGCGAGUGAGUCGUGUUUCUGUGUUUAGCAACCUCAAGACUUCUCACACGUCGUUUUUAUUUCAAAACUGUUCUUCGUCUCGUGUAAAUCCGUCUCAGACAUUUCUGAAGAGCGCGUCUGCGGCUGUCCGAGCGGCCGGGCUUCGUGAGAAUGGCGGAGGCGAAUAAAACGGUCACUUAACGGAUUUUCUUCGUCGACGAGACGGAUUUUGUUGUUGUUCUUCUUCUUAUUAUUAUUCUUCUUCUUCGUCCCCCCCUCCUCUUCAUGGCUGGAUUGUGUAUAUGAGAGGGGCUGUGGCGUUUUUGGUGUUGUUUUUUUUUUUUUUUUUUUUUUUUUUUGCUUUCUGGAGACACAGCAGCAGGCUUCAUCUCCAUCCUUCACACCAAGACACACCGAGUGAACCGACUCGAAGUGACGAAGAAAAGAUAAAAGUGGUCCACGGAGACUAAGGUGCUACCUCCCUGGCACAUCAUGGACUUCUCAGUGGGAUUGUAUCUGCUAUGGGCAUUAGUGUUGAACUUUGGGCGUGGCACACUGGGUGGCAUACUGUACCGUAUGCGUGAAGAGCAGCCGCCAAGCACCCUGAUAGGUAGUCUGGCGGCUGAUCAGGGCUUACCUGACUCUGGACAUCUGUACAAGCUGGAGGUGGGCGCCCCUUACCUGCGGGUGGACGGCAAAACAGGGGAAAUUUUCACCACUGAAAUCCCCAUAGACAGAGAGACGCUGAAGGAUUGUCGGAUGAAAGGAAAGCCGUGCUUUCUGGAGUUUGAGGUAUCUGUCACGGAUCUCAUCCAGAACCAAAGCCCCCGGCUGAUUGAGGGACGGAUCGAGGUGCUUGACAUCAAUGAUAACACCCCACAGUUUCCCUCACCUGUCCUCACGCUCUCUGUGCAGGAGAACACUCACAUGGGUGCCACCUUCUCCAUCCCGCUGGCCACUGACAAAGAUACAGAGCGUAAUGGUGUAGCUGACUAUACCCUUACUGCCGGACCAGAGGCUGUUGCACUCUUUGGCUUACAAGUGGCAGAUGACAGGGGUGAGAAAUUGCCUCAGCUCAUUGUGAUGGGAAACCUGGACAGGGAGUUAAAAGAUUCCUAUGACCUAACCAUCAAAGUAGUGGAUGGGGGAAGCCCACCUCGUUACAGUAGUGCCUUGCUGCGAGUCGUCGUCACUGAUGCCAAUGACAACGCACCCAAGUUUGAGAAAUCGUCCUAUGAAGCAGAGGUUUCAGAAAACAGUCCUGUUGGACACUCUGUGUUACAGGUCAAAGCCAAUGACUCAGAUCUGGGUCCAAAUGGUGAAAUCGAAUACAUCAUCCAUCAAGCCGGUGAUCCAGUGCCAAAGCUGCUACAGAUUGACCGUUCCACAGGCAUCAUAUAUGUUAAAGGCUCGUUGGAUCGUGAGGAGAUCAACAGCUUAAAAUUUCAUGUUAUUGCACGGGACAGAGGUCCCUCACCUAAAAGCUCAACAACAUAUGUUUCUGUUGAAGUAACUGACCAGAAUGACAAUGCACCAGCUGUGGAGAUCCGUGGUAUUGGUCUUAGGACCCAUAGCGAUGGGGUGGCAAACAUCUCAGAGGACAUGCCAGUGGGCACUGCGGUGGCACUGGUGCAAGUGUCAGAUAAGGAUGAGGGAGAAAAUGCUGUGGUGACCUGUGUGGUAGCAGGGGAUGUUCCAUUCCAGCUCCGACCAGCUGGCGAUUCCUCUAUUGAUAACAAGAAGAAGUACUUUCUGCAGACCACCACACCUCUGGACUUUGAGCGAGUCAGGGACUACCGGGUGGAGAUAGUAGCUGUGGACUCAGGCAACCCAGCUCUGUCCAGCACCAACUCCCUGAAAGUCCAAGUGACUGAUAUUAAUGACAAUUCUCCCAUAUUCUCACCCCCAGUGUUUGAGAUAGAGUUUGCUGAAGAGAACCAGCCGGGGGAGAAGGUUCUCGAUGUCAUUGCCGUAGAUGCAGACAGUGGCACCAACGCAGAACUCAUCUAUACCAUUGUUGCAGACUCAUCAACAAGGGGGCUCUUUGAGAUUGACCCCAGCACAGGCGAAGUACGAGCAAGGAGCCCACUUGAUCGUGAGCACAAAGAACGUUAUGAGUUCCGUGUUACUGCAUCUGACAAAGGUGUUCCAAGCCACAGGGGUACUGCUACUGUUGUGAUCAAAGUACUGGAUAGGAAUGAUAACGAUCCCAAGUUUAUGCUUAGUAGCUACAGCUUCUCUGUCUUGGAGAACAUGCCACCACUGAGCCCAGUCGGCAUGGUGACUGUAUUAGAUAUGGAUAAGGGAGAAAAUUCCCAAGUGCAGCUCUCUGUCGAACCAGAUGUCGGAAAGUUUGUAGUCCAGAAUGGCACAGGAACAAUCCUCUCAAGUAUAUCCUUUGACCGGGAGAAAGAAAGCAGCUACAGUUUCCGACUCAAAGCAGUAGAUGGAGGAGAACCCCCUAGGUCAUCUUAUGUUGGUGUGACCAUCAAUGUACUUGAUGAGAAUGACAAUGCACCUGUUGUCACCAAACCUUCCAAUUCUUCUUUCAAACGUCUGUCUCCCCUGACUGCACCUGAUAGUGUUGUCGAGGUGGUGGAGGCAGAAGACAUAGACUACGGGUCCAAUGCUGAGCUGGUCUAUAGUAUUGCUGGGGGGAACCCCCAUGAGCUCUUCUAUAUAUCACCCUCUGAUGGCGAGAUCAAACUAACCAAGGAACUGACUCGGAAACAUGGAGGUCUGCAUCGCUUGGUAGUUAAAGUGAGUGACAGGGGUAAGCCUUCUCGCCAUGCCAUUUCCUUGGUGCACAUUUAUGUCAAUGAGACCAUUUCCAAUGUCAGCCUGGUGGAGGGUCUAGUGGGACAUAGCUUAUACACUCCACUGGACACAGACAUUGCAGGUGACCCUGACUAUGGUCUAGCUGUUCAGAGAAGCAACAUCCUAUAUGGUAGUUUGGCUGGUGUGGCAGGAGUUGUCACUGUUAUCAUAGUGGUAGUCUUCAUCAGACAUCGCCUCCAGAGAGAAACCAAGAGCGGCUAUCAAGCUGGCAAAAAGGAGACCAAGGACUUGUAUGCACCCAAACAAGGACCAAAAAGCAUUAAGGGUAAAAAAGGAAGAAAGGGAAAGCCUCCAAAAUCACCCAAACCUCUUGGAGAAGAUGAAGAGGUCAGUCUCCAAAAGAGUCUGAAGUUCAACAUUGAUGGGGUUAAUGACAGCCCUAGGAUCCACCUACCCUUGACCUACCCACCUGGCAGCCCUGACUUGGGCAGGCAUUACCGUUCAAAUUCACCGUUGCCCUCCAUUCAGCUUCAGGCCCAGUCUCCAUCUGCUUCCCAGAAGCAUCAGGCUGUCCAGGAGCUCCCCGCCACCAAUACCUUUGUGGGAACAGAACGAGAUGACAACUCUACCGGCUCUGACCAGUACUCGGAUUACAGCUACAAGACCAGUCAGCCAAAAUACAGCACAAAAUCUCUGCCGCACCGCAGAGUGACGUUCUCUACGGCCAAUCCGGUGCAGGACGCUCAGGACUCCUCCCAGCAGAGCUACUACGACAGCGGCCUGGAGGAGUCGGAGACACCCAGCAGCAAGAGCUCGUCAGGGCCGCGCCUCGGCCCGCUGGCACUGCCUGAGGAACACUACGAGAGAACCACGCCCGACGGCAGCAUCGGCGAGAUGGAGCACCCUGAAAAUGACGUUCGGUCGCUUCCCGACGUGGCCAUGACGGGGACCUGCAGCCAGGAGUGCAGCGAGCUCGGCCACUCGGACGCCUGCUGGAUGCCCGGACAGCCUUCUCCGGCCCGCAAAGCGCGCACGCUACCCAAACUCUCCACCUUCGUGCCUUACCAGGAGAGAGGAGGGACCCUGGGACGACUGGCCAACGGCGAGCCCCGGCCCCGCCUCCCGCCCUCGCGCAGUGCCUACGCCCCCAGCGACCACGCCCCCAGCGAUCACGUCCCGAUAGAGGAGGUGCCUCUGAGCGUCACCUCUGAGUUCCCGCCCACCAGUCCCACCUCUAACCACGCCCCCAAACGGGAAAUAUACCUGUGAACGAAGCGCCGAUUGACCUCUCCGCUGAGGAACGGAAAGAAAAUGUCACUCGGGCUGUUAGUGAACUUUAAAAAAAACACAAAAACGAACAAAAAAAAAAAAAGUGUGGUAGAGUUGUACGUUUAUUUAUAUUUCUAUUUAUUUAUUCACCUACGAAUCCAUCUAUUUAUGACCGUGAGGUUUUUUUUUUUUCCUGUUUGUUUUUUUUUUUCUUUCUCACCUCCCUUCCUCCUCCUCUUUGUCCUUCUCCAUGAACCAUGACGAAAGCGCUCGAAGACUUUCCGAGUGACUUUAGCUUCGCUAGCCUGUGGAAUGUUUACCGAACAGUGUGACCCGUGCUGUAGUGCCAUAAGCCUGAAGCUCUCGCUCGGCUUCUUCUUCUUCUUCUUCUUCUUCUUCUUCUUCUUCUUCGAGUCUCCGCCACUUCCUGGGCCAGGAGUCUCGACGGAAUGGUCUUAGUACAUGUACAGCCAUGUAAAUACAUUUCUACGAUGUGUAUAUAUGAGUAAGAGGACCGGGUUUGAGCUGAGAUCAAAAGAACUAAAAAAAAAAAAAAGUACAUUCCGAAUUUUAUCAGCCUGAGGAGCGGGUGUUGGUGGUUCACCUUCAGCUCCACUUCAGCUUACGUGUGUGUGUGUGUGUGUGUGUGUGUGUGUGUAAGCGAGCAUGUUUGGCACUGUGAACCCUUAACGCCACCCAGCAGGCAGGUAACGCUUCUCUAACACACACAGCCUGCUGUUCCUUUUACAAGUGAUGCGAGCUGGAGAGACUUUUCUUUCUUUCUCCCUUGAUGGCUCUGUGGCGUCUGAGCAGGAUUACGGGACGGGAGACGGACCGUGCGUCCCGUCCGUCACAGGGCCUCACCGUCACGUCUGUUCUUCAUCCGUAUUAUUUUUUUUUCCCCUCGACGUAUCGUUUCCGAUUCGUUUUCUCGUUGUUUUUUUUUUCCCCUCGUCACGGCCUCGUGUUCUGAAACCCGUUCAGGUCUCACGAACGUGUUUUUUCAAUGCCUUAAAAAAAAAAAAAAAAAAAAAAAAAAAAAAAUCGUAUCUAACAAUCACGAUCGACGAUUUCCGAUCGAUAAAUCCCGCCUGACCUCACGGGCAUGUCGGCCGUGCACGCGUUUCCGGUCAGGAGUGACCCGGAGGUCACGGACGAGAUGACAUGAAAAAUGAAAGCGAAUUAGCCUCAAACUGUUUCAUCGCUCUUUCGGUUUACGCUGACCCGCCGUUCCUUUCCCUGAAUCGGACUGAUUUCCGAAGGUAACUUAUUCGCAUAAACAGCUGGACAGCGCAGUUACAGGAAGGACCGCCCCUUUUUAAUGACACGACAAGUGUGGCUACUUUUCUCCCCGUCUGACACCGAGUAACGGUCCGAGCCGAGCCGCGCCACCGAGCCCAGGAGCGUCACGAUACGUGCGUUACGAUAUCUACAUCACGACGCUGACGUGACCUCCGUGGUGCAUGAGUGAGUGUGUGUGUGUGUGUGUGUGUGUGUGUGAGAGAGAGAGUGAGCAGUCGCAGUGCAGUGGCCAUAGAUCUAAUUAGAGACCGUGUGUGUUUAAGUGUGUGCGUGUGUGUGUGAACCCUCCGAGCUGGGAGACGAUCGCCACACUAACUCACAGCUCCUACCUCAUCGGCGCCCCCUCUGGCACCCUGCGGUGAAUAAUGAACACACAGAGCAUAUGGACAUGACUGUGAAUCGAUAAGGCGACCCGUCACGGCGCCUUAAAACGGAAUAAAAGCACAUUACGCUGUUUUCUGAAGCCAUUUCGUGACUGUGAUCAAAACAAACAAAAAAAAAAAGACACACAUAAACUCGUCGAGAGGGACGACCCGGCGUCAUUAGCGCGUCUCGUUCGUUUCUCCGUGUGCCCAGCUCUGAUGCGGCUAAGCGCGAGGUUCUCCGACACAGACGUGACCCGGCUAGACCGUUGUGCUGCCGCGAAUCCGAGUGCGUGUUUAAAACCCCCACGAAGCUGAGACGGCUUUUCCUCCGCCGUGAAGGAAAAAUCCACCCUGAACAACUCGGAUAUUAAUCUUUAUAAUGAAUAAAUCCCAACAUCCAUGCCCAUGAAAUUCCCGAUGAGUUUCCCACUCAAGUGUUUCCCACAAUGCCGUUUGACUACCUGUUGUCUACUGUAGGUGCAGCCCUCGCGUCGUCUCCUUUCAGCGCUCGUCGUCUCAUAGACCGCCGACCAGCCGAGAAUGAUUGCAUUCUGGGACUUUGAGUCCAGGGUUUGUAACGAUACACCCGUAACUACCGUCGAUACGCUACGAAAAAAAAACAAACGUUGUUAGCUGUACGAGCUAACAACAAAACCCGACCCGCGACAUUUUAUCUAUCGGUAACAGUGACAUCACCCUGUGAACGGCCGCAAAUCCGCGCCGGCAUCGCUAAACACGUCACGUAUAUACUGCAUUCCAACAUAAACACGUUUCACGUUUCAGGGUGGAGUUUUCCGUUAAGAUUUCCCGACACCGAACUAAAUCCGAAUUUCCAGGUCCGGCUGUUUUUUUUUUUUCUUCUCUUUUCCCGCGCCGACCCGAGACGUUUCGAAUCGCGGGUUCGAUCGGUCUUUUCCGAAUCCGGAAGAUCGCCUCUCCUCUCGGCCGAACGUGAAAACUCUUUACUCGUCGUCGUUUAUCGAAAUAAAAAUGAAAAAACGGAAAAAAUAAAAAAACAAAACUGGUGUUUAGACGUGUGCUGUCUUGCUGUUCGGUGUCCGUAGCUGAGGAACCAUGGGUGUGAUACAAUCGUGGUGAAAGAGGAACGUUUUUAAAUCUCAUUUCUUUUUCCCCGAUGAACGCAGUGCUGUUUCGUGGCUAGCAUCUCUAGAAGGUGUUCUGUACAUAGACCUCUCGGCCCCUCCCCCGUCGCCCCUCCCCCGUCGCCCCUCCCCCACCGUGCCGUCGAGCCUGCGGCCAGUUUAGCAUGAAUUCCAAAGAUAAUCGGUAGAAAUCGUUUGCUGUUCUUCGCUGAGGUGUUAGUGAUGGACGAGAAAAACCUUCUUUUCCCUCUCUCUCUCUCUCUCUCUCUCUCUCUCUCUCUCUCUCUCUCUCUCUCUCUCUCUGUUUCGAAACGAAAAACUCGAAUCUCACCGCACAGCCCCAUCAUCGCUAUUCACCGUUCACCAGAAUCUAAAGACAGCUGCCUUGAAAGUAUGUAUUUUACAGGAGAGUUUAAAAAAAAAACAACAAAAAAAAAACAAUCGUUAUCUUUAAUCGUUGGUUAUAUUUAUAUAGGAAUUAAAAACUGCUUGUGAUGCCCUGUUUUUUGUACAGUUUUAUGUACAUGCAAGUGAAGCUUUUUAAAUCUCGCGACGAAAACGCAGACGGCAUAUAUAAAAAAAAAAUCGUUUUAAAAAAGAAAAAAAAAAAAAAAAAAAACAA